GUAGCGCGUUUCUCUCCCUCCCCUCCUUUCUCCUUCCCUCCUGCUUCCCUCCUGCCUCCAGUGUCUGUCUCCAGGAUUUCUCUCUUCCUAUUUCAGGAGUGCUCUCGCGACUCCCUCCGCCAGUGUGGAGCCGAGGUCCCCACCGCCCGCCCCCCGGAUCCCGUGGAUCCCGACACAUACCUCCACGCACACACGUCCCCCAAGAAACCCGCGCUCGCACCUCCGCCGGGGCGCGCACACACACCCGCGCCCGCCCGCGGUCCCACUUGCUCCCGGGAGAGCCGGCGCGUCCCCACAGUCUCCUCACACCCGGCAGAGCCCCGCUCCUGGCGCUCCCGGAUCCCGUGGCUCGGAACUCGGAUCUCCGCUCUGCACCCGCGCCCCGCGGUGGUGGCUUCGGUGGCUUUUGCAACAGUUCUCACCGCUCGCCCACUCACGCUUUUUUUUUUUUUUUUGGACUGCAUCGUUCUUCAACCUAGGGGGCUGGAGGAGCGCAGCGGCCGCUUUCCCAGCGAGCCCUGCUCGGCAUUGCCAUCCUCCAUCUGGCUUGGAAAAGUUUGCUGAGCGCGGUCCAGAGGGCUGCGCAGCGCGUCCCCUCGGCCGGCAGAAAGGGGGUGACGCCAGGCAGCGGCGGGCAGCGAGGGGCGUCCUGAAGGCUCUGGCAGGCUUUGGGCUCCCGCAGGGUGGGGAGCAAGGUGAAUCGCUCACGGGUCCCAGGCUGCAAGGCUCUGGGUUUGCAUGCUGCACCAUGCCUUCUUCUUGGAUCGGGGCUGUGAUUCUUCCCUUCACCGGACUGCUGCUGUCCCUCCCGGCCGGCGCGGACGUGAAGGCUCGGAGCUGCAGCGAGGUCCGCCAGGCGUACGGGGCCAAGGGCUUCAGCCUGGCGGACAUCCCCUACCAGGAGAUCGCAGGGGAACACUUACGGAUCUGUCCUCAAGAAUAUACAUGUUGCACCACUGAAAUGGAAGACAAGUUAAGCCAGCAAAGCAAACUGGAGUUUGAAAACCUGGUGGAAGAGACUAGUCAUUUUGUACGCACAACUUUUGUGUCCCGCCACAAGAAGUUUGACGAGUUUUUCCGAGAGCUCCUGGAGAAUGCAGAAAAGUCGUUGAAUGACAUGUUUGUACGGACUUAUGGGAUGCUCUACAUGCAGAAUUCAGAAGUGUUCCAGGACCUCUUCACAGAGCUAAAGCGAUACUACACUGGAGGCAAUGUGAACCUGGAGGAGAUGCUCAACGACUUCUGGGCGCGCCUCCUGGAGCGGAUGUUUCAGUUGAUAAACCCGCAGUACCACUUCAGCGAGGACUACCUGGAGUGUGUGAGCAAAUACACAGACCAGCUGAAACCGUUCGGAGAUGUACCCCGGAAACUGAAAGUUCAAGUCACCCGCGCCUUCAUUGCUGCUCGAACUUUCGUCCAGGGGCUGACCGUGGGCAGAGAAGUUGCCAACCGAGUUUCCAAGGUCAGCCCAACCCCAGGCUGUAUCCGAGCACUCAUGAAGAUGCUAUACUGCCCAUACUGCAGAGGACUUCCCAGCGUGAAACCCUGUAACAACUACUGCCUCAACGUCAUGAAGGGCUGCUUGGCCAACCAGGCUGAUCUGGACACGGAGUGGAAUCUGUUCAUAGAUGCAAUGCUCUUGGUGGCGGAGAGACUGGAAGGACCAUUCAACAUUGAGUCAGUCAUGGAUCCCAUCGAUGUCAAGAUCUCGGAAGCCAUUAUGAACAUGCAGGAAAACAGCAUUCAAGUGUCUGCAAAGGUCUUUCAGGGAUGUGGCCAACCCAAACCUGCUCCAGCACUCAGAUCUGCUCGCUCAGUUCCUGAAAACUUUAAUACCCGCUUCAGGCCUUACAAUCCUGAGGAAAGACCAACAACAGCAGCAGGCACAAGUUUGGACCGGCUGAGGAUUGUGUGGAGGACAAUGCAACAUAGUGUCACAGACAUAAAAGAGAAACUGAAGCUUUCAAAAAAGGUCUGGUCGGCGUUCCCCUACACCAUCUGCAAGGACGAGCGUGUGACCGCAGGCACGUCCAACCAGGAGGAAUGCUGGAACGGGCACAGCAAAGCCAGAUACUUGCCUGAGAUCAUGAAUGAUGGGCUGACUAAUCAGAUCAACAACCCAGAAGUAGAAGUGGACAUCACGAGGCCUGACACCUUCAUCAGGCAGCAGAUCAUGGCCCUGCGAGUGAUGACCAACAAAUUGAAGAACGCCUACAAUGGCAAUGAUGUCAACUUCCAGGACACCAGCGAUGAAUCCAGUGGAUCUGGGAGCGGCAGCGGCUGCAUGGAUGACGUGUGUCCCACAGAGUUUGAGUUUGUCACCACAGAAGCACCUGCAGCGGACCCUGAUCGGAGAGAAGUGGAUUCCUCUGCAGCCCCGCUGAGCCACUCCCUGCUCUCGGGCGCCCUCAUCUGCCUGGUCCUGGCCCUGCAGAGACUGUGCAGAUAAUCCUGGGUUUCUGGUUCCUCCCGUGAAACUGCAUUUUCCCUCUUUGAACAGCCAACUCACUUCUUUUCUUACACACUUGGACAAUGGGCAAUGCCCCACACGGACAGUUUUUCUAUGAGAAGAGGGCAGUACUGCGCUCUGCCUCCCUUUUUGUUUUCCCAAAGAGUACCGGGUGCCAGACUGAACUGCUUCCUCUUUCUUCAGCUCUCUGUGGGGGGCGUGGGGGGGUUGUUUAUUCUAGAGAAUUCUUACUCAGAUCUUUCUUACCAGGAGAUAUUCUUACCUUCAUUUGCUAUUAUGCUGCAGAAGUAAAGGAAUCUCAUGUUGUGAGUAUUUUUUUUCCUUCCCAUUAAAAAAAGGGGGGGGGGUAGGAAGAAAAUCAUGUUUCCUCAAAAAAUCGGGCCAAACCCCAAGAACAAAGAAUCAAAGAAUCAAAUUGAGAGGACAGUAAGUUCAGUAUUGCCAGCAACUCCCGGUGUAAGCUUUUCUGUAACAAAUCAGGUUUACAAACGCUUAUGGGGAGAAAACGUGUUUCUUUUUUAAAAAAAAAAAAAAUAUAUAUAUAUAUAUAUAUAUAUAUAUAUAUAUAUAUAUAUAUAUAAUGGAGUGAAAAUAACUUGUCUUGCACUCUAAUCACCCAAUACCAAACUGAUUUGGAAGUACCGAUACCAAAUUGAGAGUCCCAUCUUGAUUAGGAGAGCAAAAACUACUACAGCCUCAUUGUCUUUCUCACAGUGGCACUGUUUUCCUUAGUUUUAUGUCUGGCCACUGGAUCCAAUUGGCACAGAUUUGGGUUUGUUGCUCUUUUUGCCUUCCUCUUCAGUUACUACUGGAACCCAUCAGUUUAUUCUCCUGAAGGAUCUGCAUUGGAAAUCUUUUUCCAGUGGUACAAUCACUUUGCUUUCACAACAGAUUUGACAUGAAUCAGAGGUUUCUACCCCUAUCCCCGACCAAGAGUUCCUUUCAUGAACUGAUGAGCAGAUGCACACAUGGGUUUUUAUUUUCAACAAUGUGCUUUGUGUCCAUUGGUCCCGGCAUCCCAAGGGCAUUCUCUUACAAAAUAACUCACAACAACAGAAAGACAAAAACAAUAUGUAUAGAGAGAGUAUUGACAUGGAGAUUUCUUUCACUUUUUUAGUCUUAGUAUGAUCAUCUAUUUUUAUAUCUAUAUAUAUAUAUAAAGAAUCACAGAUUUUAACUUCUUAAUUCCAAGCUCAGGGUUGACACACCUUUGUAAUGAAAAAAAUGUUUUGUCAACCAGCUCUUCUUGUUUUGUGCUGCUCAGAGACGGGAUUCCUCAUGUGAUCUGUGAGCACCAAGCAUCAAGACAGAAAACUUUUUACAUAUCUAACUGUCCAUUUAUUACCAGUUUGCCAGGGCACACCCUUUGCGCAUGAGCAGGUUUUAUCUUGCACACUCCAGGCUGUGCAGAGCUCCUGCGGAUAGCGGUGGGCGGACAGCAGGACUCUAGCUGUGGGUAGAAGACUCAAGUGGGUCAAGACUGUGUUAUCCAUACAAAACCAUUGUUUUCAUGGGCUUCCUGCUUAGUGCACAGAGAAAUGUCCUACUGUAGGCGGGUGGGGAGCCACCCAGAGUCAUAGUCUGACAACCCCCCCCCCACACACACACACACACACACACAGGUGUGCCAAAGCCCGACCCAGUGCUGGAAAAAAAACUGGGCCUUUAGGAAUAUUGUUGACUCUCCGUGUGUUUCCUGGUUUGGAGGCUACAUCUAGGGUUGGGGAAGAUAAGAUUUCAAGACAUCAUAGUAUGCCAGUCACAUUUUUAAUUAACCCGUUGACAGUAAUGGCACGUAGAUGGUAUUUUUCUAUUUCUGCACUCAUCAAAAUUAUAAUUAGUUAUUGAUUUAGUCCUCACCUUUAAGUAGAACACCUACAGCAUGAUAGUAUUAAGUGUACUGGGGCACUUUUGCAAAACUGAAAAGUAUUUAGAAGCCGCCUGUCGCUAUUUUAUGCUGAAGGAAAGAUGAAACAUAAGAUUCUGAGAGACUCUGUGGCAUCUCUUUCGUUGAAAGCUUUAUGAAGUUCACACUUCCUCUAGGUCAGCAUUGCAGCCUUCUAGAACAUCCUCCGUCUCACUGCCGGAGUUAGGCUUCCUGUCACAGGACCCACCUCUAUGAGGGACCAAUCACUUGGUGGCUCAUUCAUUGUUCAGACAUGUCAGUAUUGUCUUUCUCCAACAGUGAUUGUGCAAUGCACAUUGAAUCAACCUGGAUUUCCCAGAAUACAUGAGGAAAACUUUGUUGUGUGGCUUUAAACUUCAAGUCUUUCCUUUUUUCAGUUGGUCUCUGCAUUGGUCUUUUAUAGAAACAGAAAGCCUUCUUUUCCCUGUGCGUUUACUCAUCUCCCUCUCCUCCCAUCAGGGUCUGUGACUGUGUAAGAAUACACAGUAGAUGAAUGAAUGUCAGCCCCAGUUCUGUGUACACUAAGCACAGAGAUGCUGUAUCCACACCUGCUUUGGUUGUUUCACCAUCGUUUUCACUAUCAUUUGUACUGAAGAGACACAGUGAUUCAUAGGAGCCAGGCAGAGAGCUGGAAUGCCUAAUAAUGGAAGAUGCCACAAUAGCCCUUGCCCGCAUGAAGGUGGCCAAGAUAGUAUUCAAAUUGUACUUCCUGGUUUUUAUCAUCACCUACUAGCUCAUCUGCUUUUGCCAGUAGUUUAACAGGAACUUUUUUUAUUGUGCCCCCUAGGGAAUGAGUUUCUUCUAUCAAUACUUACACCCUUUUUUCUUUUCUCAAUAUUUCAGUAACUACUUUGUACUCCCCCCCCCCCAUCACCACCACCUCCAGUUUGAUUUCCUUUCAGCAUAGUGACUGGGGUGGGAAUAGUGAUGUUCAUAGAUUUUUCUUGACCUGCUCUCCUCUGUGUUUUGAUGUCCCCAAAGUUCUAGAAUCCCAUCUGAACCUCUGCUCCCAACACUGAACUCAAGACACUAGACAUUGUCGGGUGAUGCUCACAACUGCAAACACUUAGCUUAUUGAAGUGCCUCUAUUUACAUGUUCUUUAGUUAUAAUAUGUAUUUUUCUAACAGAAAUACACGUCUGUAAUUGGUGUAUAUUAUACUUUGUAUGUGUUGGAGCAAAAGCUCAACAGAGGCUAAUGUCUUUAGCAGAGAAGAGGACUUGCAAAUUCAGGAAUGAGAGCACUCCUUCUGCUUUUGAAUCAGGAACCACCAUGACAACCUUCUGUCAUUCUACUGAAGGUUAAAACCCUACUUUGGCUAUAGGCAAGUACAACAACACUAGAGGAGCAAUCUGAUUUCCUUACAGAGACUUAUCCAAAUAAGUAGCUUAUUUUACCUGUUUUCUCUGUAAGGGGGGAGAAAAUACUGUUUUGUCAACACUUAAAAAAAUCACUAUUAUCCACCGGGCAAGCAAUAGUAAUUGUAACUAACAUUCUAUAAAUCAAAUACAUUGAAAAUAUUAUUGGCUGUAGAAUCAUGUUAUUUAAUUUAUAUUCCCUGCUGUAGACAUUAGCCUACUUUAAUUCUUUACUCAUUAUACCCAUGUUUUUGGCUACACUCUGAACGCCAGAUAAAGUCCCCCUACCACUACCAGAGGUAGGGGGGUAGGGAGGAAUAAGACUUUGCAAAUUCUUGAGUUGGGAUUCCUUUAUGACUUCUCUCUGCAAGGUGAAUUGUAGGGUGUUUGGAUGAAAGGUGGGCAUGGUGGCCAAUGCAAGAUCUGAUUCAUGCCAAACUUGAAGAACUUACAAUUCACCAUCUACUUAUUGUCAUUAACUGACCUGACUUGUAACUUUAAAAAAAAAAAAAAAGAAAGAAAGAAAGAAAUAAAAGGGUUGAGGGGCAGGUGACCUUUGCCGAUGGCAGAGUAAAGGAGACUGUGGCAUUUGCAAUGUCAACAUUUGCAAUGUGUGUUCCUCCUUGGUGGAGACAUUAGCCAGUGUUUAGUUCUAGGCCAAGUUAUACAAGCGGGAUAUUGAUUUUGUAUGCAUUCUGGAGCCUUGCUGUAACAGCAUGGGACUCAGCUUAGCAUGGGAGUAUUUGAACCUCACUCAGAGUUGGAAUAGCUACUGGAACCUAUGACAUUGCCUUGUAACGAGGUACUUCCAUGAAAAGACAGCUACGGUUGGCAUAAUGGUGAGGCCUCAGUUGUGCAGAUGCAUAAUAUAUGUGAAGGACAGAUGUGUGCACCAAUCAAACCUGAAAAUUUUUGUGACUGUCAAAUGAAUAUUAUUUGGGUUAAGUUUUUUUUUCAUUUCUGAUUUGGAUAGAAAAUUGCUAUUAAUCUUGUAUUAAAAAUAGUUUUAAAAAAAUCUA